AUGCUUACUCCAUCUGGAAAUCUUGGUAAUAGUAAACUGGAUGAAGUUUUAGCAAAGGAUAUUGAAGUAAAACAACUAUUGCACAAUGAAAUUAAUAAACUUAAAAUCAAUUCUGACCGACUUCAAAAGAAUCUUGAUCUUAAAACAUCACAGUUUGAAAAACUAAAAAGUGACUUCAUUUUUAACUUUCGGUUAAUCAAGGAGCGAGAUCUGGCGAUUAACAAACUUAGUGGACGUGUCUCUUCUCUAACUAAUAAUAUUCAUUCGAGGGAUAUUCUAAUUAGUGAAAUCAAAGUUUCCUUAGAUCGUACACAAUCAGAGCUUGCACAGGUAAAAUCGUCAGAAGCAAAAUUAAGAGAGGACAUUGAAGAAUCUCUCCAUCAAACUGUCAAACGAGAACAAAAGCUGCUUGAAAAACACAAUGCAAUAAUUGAGGUAUUAAGAAAAACUGAAACUGAAGAACGCAUCAAAUUGCAAAAUAAUAUUAAUCGUCUUCAUUCAGAACUUGAGAAGGAGAGACUUCAUGCCGCUGCUGAACUGCAAACUGCAAUCGACGACGCAGUGAAAGAGAGAGAAAAACUCAGAGCUGAUGCCGCACAAAAAAUCUUUGACCUAGAAUUACGUAUCCAUCUUGCAAAUGAGUCUGUUGAACUAGCUAAUAAAACUAAAAAUGAUUAUAUAAAAGAAUUAUCAUGUAAGGAGGAAGAAAUAUGCAAUUUAAACUGUAAACUAAACGAAAUAAACAAAAUAGUUGAAUCGCAAAGGCUUGAAAUUCAAGAUUUGCACACACGGUUAAAUGAAUCUAAACUGAAGCAAGUGUUACUUGAAUCAACUAAAGUUCAAAACGAAGAACUAGCAGCAUCACAAAAAGCUGAGCUUACCGAAGAAAUUGAUAAACUGAGAUUAGAAUUACAACAUUCUAAUGAAGAAUUAUUAACUAUUACUACUAAAUACAAAGAACAAGUUGAUACUCUUCAAAUAGAUAAACAAAAUUUAAUUGAAUCAUUAAAUGAUGAAAAACAACAAAUAAAUACUGUUCUCAAACUAUGGAAUGAAGAUAAAAUCAAAUAUCAAUAUACACAAUCUUAUAUAGAAAAUUUACAAAUACAAAUGAAACAUCUUAAACAAGAUUUAAAACAUGCUUUAUUCAAACCAAAUAUUCAUUACAAACAAGAAUAUAAUCAACAUAAUAAAUAUAAUUAUCUUAUUCAACAAUUCAAUUCUAUAACAAAUACUUAUGAUCAAUUAGUUAAUGAAAAUAUACAAUUAAAACAAACAAUUAAUAUGAUGUCAGAACAAGCUAAACAAUUUGCUCAAUUGUCAAUCAUUAAUGAUAAUCAUAAUAAUAAUAAUAAUAAUGAUAAUAAUCAUCAUAAAUUAUCGAAAGCAAUCAAACAAAUUUAUCGAUUAUCUAUAGAGAAACAAUCAUUAAUUGAAUUAAGUAAUAGACUUCAAUCGAAAUUACGUCAUCAAUUUAAUCAAUAUCAAAAUGAUAAUAAUAAUAAUCAACAACAACACCAACAAAUCAAUAAUAAUAAUAAUGAUGAUUCAAAUAAACACAAAGAAACAUUGUUUAAUGUGAACGAUCUAAACAAUGUUCAAAAUUCAAUGGUAAUUAAUUCCAAUAUGAAAGAACUGUUAAAUAAUAAUAAUUAUAAUAUUGAAUCUAUUAUUGUGACAAAAGAUGAUAAUCUAAGCAAUAGUCAUUUGGAUCAUGAUCAUCAACAACAGCAGAAGCAGCAGCAGCAUCAUCAACAUAUUACUGAUGAUGUUGAAUCAAUUAUAACAGGGAAAGGAUCUAUUUCUACUAUAUUUAAAUUAUUAGAUGAAGUUACAUCAUUAGAUAGUGAAAAUGAUAUAGAAAAUUUCUAUGGAAAUAAAUUAAUGAUACAAGGUAAACAUAAAUAUAUUAAUAAUUCCAAAGUAAAAAUUAUUAAAUAAAUGAAAUGGACAAAUUGUUAAGUGAUAAACCUUACUUAUUUAAGCCUGUUACUCCCAAUGGAGCAU